AUGGAAUUCGAUAAAGAAUCUCAAAAGCCUGUCUUACCCAAACAACCCUUCAAGAGUGACUCUACAUGGUCGUUUUAUGAAAUAUCCAAGCAUCGUUUCCCCCAGGUGAUCUCAUGUUUAUGCCUUGUUGGGUGGGUAUCACUAUAUGGGAGUAAUUUAAUAAAUAAAAUUGGAUUAACGGGUGAGAUGUUUGCCACUUUAGUCCUAGGAUUUUCAGUUCUACUUUCCCUUGCACGGUUACAAUAUUCGAAAUUCUAUCCCAAUACAACAGAACUAGUUCAGCAGGUGUUAGAAUCGAAUCCCGGAGUAGAUAUCGAGAAAUGGGCCGAAAUUGCAAAUAGACUGAACAUUUACUUUUACCAAGAGCAUCUCUGGCCCAUGCCUCACUUUUUUUUUAAUAAUCAACCUGUUCAACUUGUGUUCAAGGAUAAGGUUUUAAGGCCAUAUCUCGAAGGGAAACUUGACGAUAUUACCGAUAUGGACAAGAUCCAAUCAGCAAAUUGUUAUUUGCAGUCACUAAAUGAAAAGUUCGAAUUAUUAUUGAAGGUUAAUUUGCCAGAACCCGUUUUAAACUCUGAACUACCUAAAGGUACCCACAGAAACAAAUUCUCCUUUUAUGCAACAUAUUUGUCCGUUGGAUUCAUGGUUUGUGAUUAUCAAGCACUAACUUUGCUUAUGAUCGUAAUGGCAUUUAAAUCAAAAACAUUUUUGCCCUUGAUUAAAGCCAUACUUUUCCAGUAUCUUACCUUGAGAAUAUAUCAGGAUUCCUAUUGUAGACUAUAUCCACAGAUGGAUACAAUGCAUGCAAUGAAUUUUUUGGCGAUAAUAAUAAAGGUUAGCCCUGGAAAAGAACCGGCUAAAUGGGACCAAAUAGCCGGGUAUAUGAAUCAAUAUCUAGCUGAGGAAAAUAUCGGCUAUUCUAAGAAUAUAUUUCUCGACGGCAAGCAUUGUUUAAACUGUUACAAGACCUGCUUUGAGCCUCUAUCCGUUAAUAAUGGUCCUUCGAAAUACUGCGAUUUCAAAGAAAUUGUUGAGGUUACGCAACCAAGCGUAAAUGGAGAGACCAAUUAA